AUGCCAAUCACUGCCAUUCAUGCCCGUUACAUCUACGAUUCUCGGGGCAAUCCAACUGUAGAAGUUGAUCUUGCUACAGAGAAAGGUAUGUUUCGAGCAGCGGUGCCAAGUGGUGCAUCAACAGGUGUGCAUGAGGCACUCGAACUUCGUGAUAAGGAUAAGGGUGUUCAUCAUGGAAAAGGAGUCCUAAAAGCGGUCAAAAAUAUCAAUGAGCAAAUCGCGCCAGUACUGAUUUCUAAAGUAAAUUAA